ACUUAGUGUACUGUGUAUGCCUUAUGUGUUGUGUGAUUUCUGUACCGUCAAUUUGUGCGUAUUGUUUAAGGUUAGGAAUCGCCUCACAUAAGUGUUCAUUUAUUGUUAAAUAAUUCAUUAAAUGUUUGUAUUUUAUUUACAAAUUAUUCCUUAUCAUUAGACUGUCGUGAGUGUGGUGGCUCGUUGCAAUUAGCCUUCAAUUACUAAUUUUUAAGCCAAUCGGCGAAACUUAGUUUUGACUGUCGUACGUCUACUAAACGAACAUCAAAAUGCCUCGUAUUAUGAUCAAGGGUGGUGUUUGGAGAAACACAGAGGAUGAAAUCCUCAAAGCUGCGGUGAUGAAAUAUGGAAAGAACUCAUGGAGUAGAAUUGCAUCCCUGCUUCACAGAAAGUCUGCGAAGCAGUGCAAGGCUAGAUGGUUUGAGUGGCUUGAUCCAAGCAUUAAAAAAACAGAAUGGAGCCGUGAAGAAGAUGAAAAACUUCUUCAUCUAGCUAAAUUAAUGCCAACACAAUGGAGAACAAUAGCUCCGAUUAUUGGUAGAACUGCCGCUCAAUGUCUUGAGCGUUAUGAAUACUUGCUGGAUCAGGCCCAGAAGAAAGAAGAAGGCGAUGAUAUGGACGAUCCUAGAAAAUUAAAACCUGGUGAAAUUGAUCCAAAUCCAGAAACUAAACCAGCUCGACCAGAUCCAAAAGAUAUGGAUGAAGAUGAACUUGAGAUGUUAUCUGAAGCCAGGGCUCGUUUAGCUAACACCCAAGGAAAAAAAGCCAAGAGGAAGGCCCGCGAAAAGCAGUUGGAAGAAGCUCGUAGAUUGGCUGCUUUGCAAAAAAGGCGAGAAUUAAGAGCAGCGGGAAUCGCUGUUCAGCAAAAGAAUAAAAGAAAGCGAGGAAUUAAUUAUAAUACUGAAAUUCCAUUUGAGAAAAAACCAGCUCUUGGUUUUUAUGAUACUUCUAACGAAGAAAUUGAUCCUCAUGCAGCUGACUUUUCUCAACUCAAAAAAAAUCAGCAGAACCAACUUAGCCGCCAAGAAAAAGAAGAAAUUGAGAGAAAAAAAGAUAAACAGAAGUUGAAACAAAGAAAAGAAAACGAUAUGCCGGCUAACAUGAUGAAUAAUGAACCAGCCAGAAAAAGGAGUAAACUAGUCCUACCAGAGCCUCAAAUUUCCGACAAAGAAUUGCAACAAGUAGUUAAAUUGGGCAGAGCUUCAGAGGCUGCGCGAGAAAUAGCACUGGAAGGUGGAAUUCAUACAACCGAUAGUCUAUUAGCAGAUUACUCAUUAACUCCAAACACGUCUGUUACUCCAAGAACUCCAGCUGCAGUAGAUAGGGUUUUACAAGAAGCUCAAAAUGUUAUGGCUCUUACACAUGUUGAUACUCCACUAAAAGGUGGUAUCAAUACUGAGCUAACUAAUGCUGACUUCAGCUCAAUUGUACCCACUUCAAAAGUUCUUGCAACCCCUAAUACGGUCCUAUCCACGCCAUUUAGAUCUCAGAGAGUCGAUGGUUCUCCGGCUCCAUUUAAUACUCCUGGUUCUGUAGCUGGUUCUGUAACUGGUUCAGUUGUUGGUCAAACGCCAUUACGUGAUAGGCUUAGCAUUAAUCCUGAAGAAGCACUUGAUCCCUCAGAAACUCCAAUUAUUCAAAAACAGGCCAAAGAUCAAUUACGAGUGAAAUUUGAUUCUUUACCUGCGCCCAAAAAUGAUUUCGAAAUUGUCAUCCCAGAAGAAGAAAUCAACGAAGGAGACGAAGCCAAUGCAGCUAUGGAAAUCGUCGAAGAUCAAGCUGAUAUUGAUGCUAAAAAGCAGCAAGCAAUUUUAGAACAACAAAAAUUGGAACUAGCGAAGAGAUCGCAAGUCAUCCAAAGAAAUCUUCCUCGACCCUUAGAGGUCAAUUUGAAUAUCCUUAGACCAUCUAAUGAUGUUUCAAAUUUGACAGAUCAGCAAAAGGCAGAAGAGCUGAUCAAGCGAGAAAUGGUUAAAAUGAUGUGUUAUGAUAUCCUUAAAAAUCCUCAACCACACAUUAAUCCGAAACGUGCUCAGACGGCACUAAAUCAGGCUUCUAAUUAUUUAGAAAGGCAUCCUUAUGAAGAAUUUGAGGAAGAAGAGAUGGAAUCGGCCAAAGAAAUUUUGAAAAAUGAGAUACAAGUCGUCAAGGAAGGAAUGGAUCAUGGAGAAUUAAGCAUUGAUGCAUACAGCACUGUUUGGGAAGAAUGUUCAGCUCAGGUGCUGUUCUUGGAGUCCCAAAAACGCUACACGAGAGCUACGUUGGCUUCGAAAAAGGAUAGGAUUGAGUCCUAUGAAAGGCAAUUGGAAAGAAAUAGGCAGCAUAUGGCUGCGGAAGCCAAACGUGCUGCAAAAAUGGAGAAGAAGUUAAAAGUAGUUCUUGGUGGUUACAUGAACCGAACUCAAGUUUUGACAAAACAAUUCAACGACGUGACAGAGCAGAUCGACCAAUCACGCUUAGAGUAUUCAACAUUCAAAUUUUUGAAGCAGCAGGAGGACGCGGCCAUACCAAAAAGAAUCAGGGCGCUGGAAGAGGACGUCAAUCGUCAAAGAACGCGAGAGCACGGGCUUCAAAUGCGGUUCGCCGGACUGCAAGAUAGACUCAAAGAAUUGGGGCUCAGUGAGCAUGAGCUACUGGCUAAUCAGGAACCAAUUAGUUAAAUACUGAUAAUAAAUAAUAAUGAAUUUCAACAUUAAUGAUAUUUGUAAUAAGAUUUUCAAAUCCAAAAUAAUUUUUUCA